GUGCGACUGGUCGUAUCAUGAUUAUGCCUGUCAAACAAAGGAAUCGUGUGCUAUAGCCAGUCCCGGUUUUCCUGGAAUAUAUCCUCCCAAUGUUAUCUGCCGUUAUCUGUUGGCCACAUCAUCGAUACAUACACGAGUAAAAAUAACUUUCACGUCGCUGCUUUUACCGGAAGAGCACUGUGACUCCCACUAUAUAGCUUUGUAUGAAGGCAUAGUGCCUUACGACAAAAAAUUGGCUACGAUAUGUGGGACUCAGAAACCCGAUCCGCUGAUUUUUAAAGGACCCAACUUGCUUCUCGAAUUUAAUGCUGGUUAUCAGGUGCCUCCGUUCGCUUACAAUGGAUUUUCCGCCAAUUUAGAAUUUAUUGAAGGUCCACCUACAACGAUCCAACCGCCAUCAACAUUACCACCACCCAUAAUUAUUGAAUCGGGACAGCCGCCGUCAGAUAUUGUGGAAUGGACACCGAAAUUUUCUCCGUGCGACAAGGUCAUAAUUGAAGCUAAUGGCCGUUCCGGUCAUUUUGAUACACGAGGAAGACCAUUUUCUACAAACUGUCGGUUGAUAUUCAAAGGCAAACCAACCGAUGUUGUACACAUUUCAUUGUUUAACUACCGACUAAAGUCUCAAGCAUGCCGUUCCGUUAUCGAAAUCGUUGAUGGAUCGUUGGAGACGCACAAAAAGUCAAUGCAUAAAAUGUGUUCGCCCACGAUUCGGCAUGCAAGGGAUGCUGAUGGGAAUUUUUUGCCACCACAAACGUUUAUAUCGUCUGGGUCGCAAAUUAUGGUCGCACUGCGUAGACCGAAUUCGGGUGCUAACGAGCCCAACAAUAAUGAUGAGUUCAUCGAUGGUGCAUACAUGUUCCAUGAUGAACAACAGAGCGGCACUCUACAGCCCACUUCACUUUGCAACACGGAUCACUAUGGAUUAAGUAGUCCAAUAAUCGGAAAUGUUCUUGGACCUGGAACUGAACACUUGUAUUGGAAUAUUGAGGGAUCGCUGUCCUGCGCUCAUCAUUUUAUUCCUGCUGCCAAUCAAAGUGUCAUUGUAACUAUUGACUCAUUGGAUCGCUUGGGUAAUGAGCCACAUUGUGAGACGGUUUGUGGUGAUGCUGGAUGUCAAUGCCUUACAAAUACACUUCCUAUUGAAGAAAUCGAUCACUUAGCAAUGUACUCCGAAAAUGGACGCAUGGUUAAUUGUUUAUGCGGAUCAUUUCGAUCAGAAUGGCUUCCAGUGUCUUUGCGAAGUUGGAGUCCAGUAAAAUUAAUAUAUUCGGUGGCGCACUAUUCGUGGAGCUCGAAAGGAUUCACAUUCAGGUCUUCUUAUAGCUUUAAUACCGACGCGAUUUGCGGUCGUAAAACAUUUACAACACAUUCAGGUGAACUGACAUCCAACAACUUUCCCACAGCUUUUUCAUUGAAUUCCUUCUACCAUCAACAAUGUACAUGGAUCCUGGAUUCGAAAGUAGAACGUCAAUUAUUUGUUGAGAUAUCGACAGAGCAGAGUCGCUCUUGCAGUGCAUGGAACAUUUCACUGCAUGAAUAUUCACCAUCCGAAGAUGAUCCCUUACAUGCAGGUGUUUUGUUACAUUUGUUUUGUCCCAGAGAUCGUAAAAAGCAAUACAACAUGCCGUGGAAGCUUAGCACCGUUGUAAUUAGAGCUCAAGCAAUGACACGAACAGCACCAGUUUAUACGAUCAAAUGGACGUCGCAGGUAGUUCGGUCCAACAAUCGUUUGGGUCCACCAACUCCAGCUCCGAAUGCUGUGUCAAGUGCUCAAAUGUCUAUUAAAAGUAGUAGUUGUUUCUACCUUACUUUUUGUGUAAGAAUCAUAGUUUUAGUGUUAUUCGUCACAAAUCGAAAUUCAUAAUUUUAUUUUGUUGAAGUUAAUCAGGAAUUUAUCUUGAACGAAUGGUGGCUGAGAUGUGAUAGAAAGUAUGAGUUUUGUGGAAUAUAAGGCGUAAAUUUUUAAUAUAUUGAAAUAGUUUUGUAAUCUAGCUAAAAAUUGGUGUAUAUGCGGACGCUGUGAGUGAUUGGGACUGAAUAAAUGUAGAAAAUAUUGUUCCUUGUUUAUAAAUAUUUAAAACGAUUAUAUUUAUUGAAAUGGACUACAUAGCUACUAGAUACCAAUUCAAAUAAUAAUUUUUCUGCGAAUAUUGGAAGAAAAUAGGA